CAGCGAGGGCGCGCGCCGCAUCAGGUCCGAGCGGCGCGCCGCGGCGCGAGGCGAGGUGCCGCUGGGGCCGCCGGCGCGCGACCUUUUGUCCUCGCACCCACCACCAUCCCCUCCAAGCUCGCAGCGACUGGCCCACCAUGUUGGCUGUCAAGAUGGCGGGCAACCCGCCCCUGCCCAGAGAUGCUCGUUCUUCGCAGGGCGGUGCGGGAGAUCGCACAGCUCGAGGCAAAGCUGGACGUCAUCUCUGCCGAGCAAGUCGACUGGGUGCGCUUUGCCGACGUCGCAAAGACGCCGGCGCCGCCCGUGUCGCAGCGCACCAAGGCCAACAUCGGGCAGCUGCGCGACGAGUGCACGUGGAAGCUGAUGAUGCUCUACAAGCAGCACGGGCCGCUCAAGAAGCUCGUGCCGCUGGCCAAGUGGAUGCUCGAGUACGUCAAGGCCAACAAGGGCAACGCCGGCGUGCAGGGCGACACGCUGCCCACGAUGCUCCUCGGCGUCGGCCUGUUCUACCAGCUCGGCGGCACGCACGCGCCGUACGACGCGCCCGAGCUCUGGCAGGCAUUCAAGUUCAUCGAGAAUGCCUUCAAGAACGACGAGGCGUACGGCAACAUCGGGCCAAAGAACACCCUCUUGGGCAAGGGCGUCUUGGCGCGCAUCUGCCGCAUUCGCGGCGACGAUGCCAAGUGCGAGAGUCUGCUUGAGGAGAUCCAAGACUGGCUCGACGGCCAUCCGCUCUCCAUGUCGCCCGUCGACGCCAGACACAUGCUCGCCGAGGAGUCCAACUGGGAUCGCCCAGACGAGGACUAGAUGGUGCAGCGCAUGCGUUUUGAGGAGGCGACGCAGAUGGGCGACAUGUGGCUGUUCAAGGGGUGCGUGUACAAGUGGACUCCCAUGGCGCAGACUG